CGCUCGGUGCACGCAUCGCCUGAACUCCUCAAAGAGCCUGUCUCAUUUGGCACCUGCGUAUUUUGCCGGUCCAGCUCGGCCGGCAUGACAGAUUCGCUGUACUGGUACCGUCUGAGUGACCGGAGAUGCACGACGGUGAGUUACAGGCGUCGUGAGUCCCUAUGUCAAGUUGGCAGGUUUGGGUUUGAGAGAAAGGGAAUGCCGAGGCCGAAAAGUGGACUCGGGCGUCUGCUAAAAGAGUGGGAAGAGCCUGUUGCGCGCCGAUCGAGCCACCGUGCGAUUGACGACUGUGGCUGGUUGCCGCUCAAGCAGCGCAACGAGUUUUGCCUUGCAAGGUGGCCAAGCGAAAGGAAAGGUACGCGUCACUGUCACCACAGACAGAGUCGUGAGCGGUACAUUCAGAUUAAGGCGACUUUGAGUGUUCGGGGCCCGCAACAUCAUGGAUGGCGUCGAAUCUCGAGGUCCGACGACCUGAAUCAAGCCGACUUGGGAUGCCGGGCGCAGGAAUGGCGAGCGAUGGAUUGCUGGACGUUGAAUGCACGGCACUCGAUCGUGCAUUGGUAAACCGCAACGCGCGCUCAAGACUGCCAGAGCUAGCUAGCUAUUGCAUGAUCGUGAGUAUGAAUGGUACGCAACGCGAUUGCGACGAUCGUGUCCACAAGCCUACUCGCACAUUGCAAGAGCACGUCCAAGCUGUGCAUAGACGAAGCGCAGAGACUACGAUGGACAGCGCCAUUGGGAAAAGGUAUA